UGGGCGGGGCCGGCGGCCGAACUGUCCUAGAGGCUUAGGGAUCUGAAUCCUUCUCGGGGAAACGGGGAAACGCCGGACCAUGGGCGUCCAGGAGCGGGAAGCACAGAGGUGGCGGGGUUGAGCCCCGCUGAGACCUCUGGGCCGGCCAUGGGCGACCGCGAGCGCAACAAGAAACGGCUGCUGGAGCUGCUACAGGCUACAGGCACCGGCAACGGGCACUGCGCCGACUGCGGGGCAGCGGAUCCUGAUUGGGCCUCUUACAAGCUGGGGAUUUUCAUCUGUCUCCACUGCUCUGGCGUCCACCGCAACUUCCCAGACAUCAGCAAAGUUAAAUCCGUGAGACUGGACUUCUGGGACGACAGUAUGGUGGAGUUCAUGACUCACCAUGGGAACCUCAAUGUGAAAGCCAAGUUUGAAGCAAGAGUCCCAGCUUUCUACUAUGUCCCUCAGGCCAACGACUGCCUGGUCUUAAAGGAACAAUGGAUUCGAGCUAAGUAUGAAAGACAGGAGUUUAUGGCUAAUGACAAAGCUGUCUCACACCCAGGUAACCGAGAAGGGUUCCUGUGGAAGCGAGGACGGGACAACGCACAGUUCCUGAGAAGACGGUUUGUCCUUCUGUCGAGGGAAGGCCUCCUGAAGUACUACACAAAGGAGGAGGGUAAAGCCCCAAAGGCUGUCAUCAGCAUCAAGGACUUAAACGCCACCUUCCAGACAGAGAAGAUCGGACAUCCCCACGGGCUGCAGAUCACCUACAGGAAAGAGGGCCACACCAGGAACCUGUUUGUUUAUCAUGACAGUGGGAAGCUCGUGCCUCUCAUCACCAGGAACUACCUCAAACAAGGCUUCAUGGAGAAGACUGGUCCAAAGCAUAGAGAACCCUUCAAGAAAAGAUGGUUUGCCUUGGAUCCGCAGGAACGGAGGCUGCUCUAUUAUAAGAACCCCCUGGAUGCUUUUGAGCUGGGCCAGGUUUUUCUGGGAAGCAAUGAGCAGGGAUAUGAAGUAUGGGAAGAUCUGCCCAAGGGCAUCCGAGGGAACCGCUGGAAGGCUGGACUUACCGUCAUCACUCCGGAGCGGAAAUUCAUCUUCACCUGCCCCACUGAAAAGGAACAGCGAGAAUGGCUGGAGAGUCUGCGGGGCGUCUUGUCCAGUCCCUUGUCGCCCCUCCACCUCCUCACCGCAUCAGCAGAGACUGGCUGUGGCCUGGGGUGACCCAUCUCGGAGGAUCUGGCUGGCUACUGAGCAUCUGAAGUCCUGGAGAAGAGUUCACCUCAGCCCUAGUUGUCCAGAAGGAAGCCCCGAGGCCAGCAGCUGCCCCGCUAGUGAACUCCAUCAAGACUCAGGGUGUGGUUGAUCCUACGGCUCCCCGUGAUCCUUCCAGCAAACACUCCUCAGUCUUGAGGAGCUGGUAUGGAGAAGAAUUCAGCUCUCCAAACUUAGAAGUCCUGAAGGGUUCCUCAUAACUGCACCAAGAGCUGGCCAUGGUGACGCAUACCAGGCAAGAGGCGAGGGUGCCAUGAACCCAGUGACAACCUGGACUACACUGGGGGUUCAGUCCAGCCUGAGUUACAUAGCAAGACCUUGUCUCAGAAACAAACAAACAAACAAACAAACAAAUAAACCAAAAACCAGAACAGAGAAAACAGCACUCAGGAGGCAGAGACUGGCAGAUCUGGGACAGUCACAGCCAGGGCAGGUUACACUGAGAAACCCUGUCUAGAAAAACUAAAAACAACAACAACAACAACAAAAAACAGAAACAAAAGCAAG